AUGAAAAUUGGUUAUAGAAACACUAGGACACAUAAUUACUAUUACGCGCAUCCUAAUGUCAAUGAUGAUAAUUGGAAUAAUAAUAAUGAUAAUGAAGGUGAAAGUUCAAUAGUAUUGGAUAAUUUUCGUCCAACCACAUCUAUUUCGAAACAAGCAUUAAUAAAAAAUAAAAAUCUUCAAUGUCAUCAAACAAAUGAUACUAUUCAAGCUCGACAACAUCGAACACCUUUACAACAAUUACAAGCUAUGUUUUGGCCUACACGAGAUAACCAUAAUCCCAUGAUUAUCAACAAGCAAUUACAUCAACAUGAACAUAUUCCAAUGGUUAAUAAAAAAACAAAUAGUUGA